GUCAGUGUCCACGUGUAUGAGUUGUUACGAGUCCAAAUAAUGACGGACCGUAAAAAGCGGACAACGAACCACAGAGCAGAGUCUACGAUAAUUGAAUAAACACGAUACCAGAUAAUUCCGGAGGGGAAGUGUCCCAAUGACUGUCACCCCUCACGUAGCGUCUACGUCUAUCAAAUUUUUAUAGCGGCACAUUUUGAUACCAAAUUGGCGAUAGCUAACCUCGCUUUGAGAUGGCCAGCAACAAAUUCCUGUAUUUUGCCUACGGCAGCAACUUGCUCGCAAAACGUAUUCGCAUUAAUAAUCCAACUGCUGUACGACGGGACAUCGGACGGCUCAAGGAUUUCAGACUAGACUUUGCAACAUAUUCAAAACGAUGGCAUGGAGCAUCAGCAACGAUAGUGCCUACCGAAAACGAGUAUGUGUGGGGUGCUAUCUGGGAAAUAGAUAAUUCCGACAUAGCUAGUUUGGAUCAGCAGGAAGGUGUGGAGGACAAAUUGUAUUUUUCAAAAAUUGUGGAUAUUGAAACACCGAAUGGUUCGUUUCUGAAGUGCAAAGUCUACCAGCAAUGCAACAACCCACAGGAGCACCUCACCGGCGAUCUUUUACCACAGGAUAGAAGACCUUCUGCUGCUUACAGGGACACAAUUUUGAAGGGAGCUCGGGAAAGUGGCAUACCAAGUGACUACAUCAAAUUUCUGGAAACUUUCCCGCACAAUGGUUAUCUUGGAGAACCUGAAAUUGGCCUUGCGCUGCGUGAAAUGUAGCACCGACAACUUUCCAAUUCUUCAGGAAUGCCUGGAACUUUGGACUUUCUAUUGUAUACCGCACCGCGUCGUCGGAAGUCAUAUUUUCCAACACAUAUCGAGGCACUUCCAAUGACAUAACUUCUACAUUGUUUACCUGCGAGUAGACAUGGAGUUAUUUCAAUUCGUUAUACCUACAUAUGCAUACUGAAAUGACAUUGUUUCCUUUUUUUCUGUUCUAAAUAUAAUGAUUUCAAAGUGUGGAUCAGUAAGCAGAGCUAUUUUGGUUAAAGAA